AUGACUUCUCUCCAACUGCUGAAGUUACCCCUUCUCUGCACGGCCGCGACGUGCUCCCAAAUCGCAUUUACUGCGCCGAACCCGCCCGCCAAGGCUGAAGAGGUGAAGAAAUUUGGCAGAAAAGAUCCCGGAUCAUACAUCGGCAGGUUACUGUUGAGUACGAUGAAGCUACUGGUGUGGUUCGCAACGUUGUGCGAGAUCGCUGUUGUGAUAGCUAGCCACUUUCCUCACCCACUCUCCGUGCAAGUUUUAUCAGUUCUUGUUUCGGCGCCCCCUUCUUUCAUUUCCAACGUACGCGUCACCGCUUCAUCUCUUCUUGGUUGGACCCUCGUCUGUGCUGGUGCACUCCUCCGCGUUCAAUGCUUCCGCACCCUUGGCCGUUUCUUCACCUUCGAACUCUCUGUGAAGGCUGAACACAAGCUGGUGAUGAACGGGCCUUACGCAGUCGUGCGCCAUCCCAGCUAUGCUGGCACACUCAUGGUCGCGUCAGGCAACCUCCUCUACUUUUUUGGCGCUGGGUCGUGGUUCGCCGAAUGUGGCGUAUGGAGCACGAUGAUGGGAAAGAUCUUGGCUUUGAUAUUGAUCAUCGGCUUUGGUUUCCCCUUCGUGUCGGUACCUUUGAGGAUCAAGAAGGAGGAUGCGGUGUUCAGAAAGGAGUUCGGGGUGCAGUGGGAGGAGUGGGCGAAGAGAACGCCGUAUAGAGUGCUACCGUUUGUUUUCUAA